GGAAUCCUCAACGCUAACUUUCACACAAUCGCGUGGCUCACCUUUUUCACUGACAUCCUUUAUCACUGACUCCCCCCUCCCUCCCCCCACUAUUGUCUGACGAAACCCGUUGCAACUCUGUUUUCAACAAGGAGGGAGGGAUGUAUGGGAAUUGCUCUGGAUCUGGAACGAAAAGGUGCGUCUUGUCACUUGCAACUGACUAGAACCCUCUCUGGCCUCCCCAUCCCGUCACCUCGGACGCGGCAGAUGUGAGAAGGCAAGGUUUAGCAGAACAUCAACAUGGAGCUCGACCCGAUCUCGUCUGUCCCAGUGACAGAUGCUAAUGCCGUCCAGAGUAGUCUGAUAUCGAGUCUGAUUGUAUCGUCUGCUCAAGUCUCGUCUGAGCAAUCCUCAUCAGAGCCUGUGUAUCUGUCGACCUCCUCCUUGAUCGACAAUGGUGCCGGACCAUCCAGUACGUCGCUCGCUCUUCCCAGCGGCUCGAGCGCCAGCCAUGUCGCAUCCGAAAACAUGACCUCUACACCUCUGUUCAUUGUCAUGACAUCUACCUCUAUAUCAACCCAGGCGAUUAUCGAGUCACACCUCGACGAGAUCAUGAGCUCUUCGACCUCGUCUGAACCGCUCGUACUGCCCUCGGCCACCUCUCUCACAGUCUUGACCUCCUCUCAGCCACAUGUUGUUGUUCCCGUCUCGAGCUUCAGCCUCAGCUCCAGCGGCACCAGUACUAGCAGUCUUACGAUCAGCACCUCAACGCGGGAUCUCCUGUACGAUCGGCCGACGUCUGAAGCCUUCGUCAGAUCCACAGCAGGUUUGCUGGUUUCUUCCGUGGCACCAGUACAAUCGAUGUCCACACAAGCCGAGGUGAUCAUGAGCUAUCAUACCUCCUCGGUCGUGCAUACCACAGUGACUUUGUUCUCUAGCCGACCGUCGACCAGCAACCUUCGUCCGAGCGCGCCUGCAAGCUCAAAGACCUCAUUGGCAUCGUCACAGACGGUUUCAUCUCGAUCCACAGUGAUCAAUGUCCCAGGUGGCCCAGAGUCUGGCGUCUCCGCAUCCGUUUCUUCCAGUUCCUCUUCGAUUGGAAACAGCGGCGCAUUGGCAGAUGGACAGAACGGAGGUGUCAAUAGCAUCUCCGGCCAAACCAAUCUGUCAUCCUUCGCUAUCGUAGGUAUAGUCGGCGGGAUCCUGGUAGCUUUUGUCGGAGCUUAUCUGGCCUGGUACAAAUGGCGACGGAACAAGACAAAACGCGCAGCAGGAUCGACAGACGAUAUCUCACCAUCAUCACCGUCAUUCCAGAAGACGUACAAUGCAGGCAACACUGUCAGGUCUUCUUUUGGAGACGACGUAGAUCCAUUUGACGAUCCCAGGACACAGUAUACGGCUUAUCACGAUGCGAGGUAUCGCGAGACUCGGCUACAAUCGGACUGCGAGCACGAUGCUAGGGAAUCGACAUGCACUGCCUCUCAUGAAUGGGAUGGCUAUACGCAACUCUUGGACGAUAAGGGGACGCGAACUCAGUACCUUGAGCGAGGAGUGGAUGAAGAUCUCGAGAAGGAGUUGGCAGGCCAUCCGUCGGUUUCUAUGGCGACACACCAUCAAGAUGUCUUCCGUGAAGCCAAGGAUCCGUUCCAGGUAACCACUCUACCUUUCAUUGCCGCUGAACCUCGUUCCCGACAUCCACCCUCUCCGACCCAACAAUCCCUGUCACGGUCCUUGACUCGUCACUCACCUCAACAGCGGCCCUCGACCAAUGCGUCCGACCCGUUCGGCUUCGACAGAGCCACCAAAGCCUCGAUGCCUGUUUCCAUAGGAGCCGAGCAUCAAACCUACGACUCGGUUUAUGAAGCAUAUAGCCAAUCGCGACCUGAAACAGGUCAUGACCACCGAGCCACCCUUCAAACGCCAGCGACGGCCGCAUUGGUACCUUGGAUGAGGACUCAUAGAGCUCAUGGUGGAGCAGACGCAGAACCGAGGCCACCGGUUCCGAAGAGCAGACAAGGCCAUCGAGGCGAUCCUCCCAGGGGUGGAAAUGCCUCAAAUGUCACUGACACUAUUCCAAGAGCUGCACCGGCUGCUGUGAUGGCUCAGACCCCGGUAGCCAAUGGUACAGGUGCAGGUUGGACGGGCGUGAUACCGUCCUUUCGGUAGUCUAUGUAUUGAAAGGAGUGGAGGGGCAUCGUAUCGAAGCUUUGACUGACUGCCAUAGCGACUGUAGCUUACUUGCUGUAACUCAUUGCAUUUGA